GGACGGAUGAGGGAAAGCCAUAUCUACUACCGGUUGUGCAGAAAGUGGAGCAAACAUUAGCGAUGGCCACAGACUUACACCACGAAUACUUGAGUCAAUUGGGCGACCAGUCAUUCACUCGAGCGGCCACUAAACUAUUGUUGGGCGCCGACAGCCCCGCCAUCGCUGAAAAACGGACAAUGGGUGUGCAGACCCUGUCCGGGACGGGAGCCCUGAAGAUCGGGGCCGACUUUUUGAGGGAAUCACUCGGAGUCGACACAAUCUAUAUAUCGGAUCCUUCAUAUUUAAACCAUAAGCUGCUAUUUUCAAGAGCUGGCUAUAAUGUGCAAUACUAUCGGUACUACGAUAACGCUCGGCGCCAACUGGACAUCGAUGGCCUGUUGGCAGACUUAGGUCAAGUGCCGCCCAAAUCAGUGGUAUUACUGCACGCGUGCGCUCACAACCCGACGGGAAUGGACCCGACGGACAGCCAGUGGGCACUCAUAGCCGAUGUAAUGGCUGAGCGCCGGCUGUUUCCCUACUUUGACUGCGCCUAUCAGGGCUUCGCGUCGGGCGAUACCGACACCGACGCCCGGGCUGUCCGUAUGUUUGCAAACCGUGGCUUUGAGUUAAUAUGCGCGCAAUCAUUUGCCAAAAAUUUCGGUCUCUAUAAUGAACGCAUUGGCAAUCUAACAAUCGUGUUAAGCCACACUAGACCGAUUGAUAAUAUUUACUCGUUAUUGUUGCCAAUUGUGCGUGGUCAAUAUAGUAGUCCGCCGGCGCACGGGUCACGCAUUGUGGCCGCUAUAUUAAAUGACAAGCAAUUGUAUACUGAAUGGGAGGGUUGUGUGAAAAUAAUGGCUUCACGUAUGCGUCAAAUGCGGGAACAAUUGCGGCAACAUUUGGAAGCGUUGGAAACACCGGGCGAUUGGUCUCAUAUAACCCGACAAAUAGGGAUGUUUUCCUAUACGGGACUCACGGAGAGACAGGUCACUCAUUUGCGUGACUCGUAUCACAUAUACAUGUUAUCCGACGGCCGGCUGUCUCUGUGCGGACUCAACACCAAAAAUGUUAAAUACGUGGCCAAAGCUAUUAGCGAAGCGGUAUUCAAGUUU